ACCAAACCAAACACAUGGAUUUGUCUUUCUCUGUACUUUUAAAACCUCUCUCCUCUUCUUCUUCUUUCUUUCUAUCUCCUUGAAGCUUUCUUCAGUGCCCAUCACAUUUUAGAUCCCUUCUCUUAAUUGUCAAUAGAUAUUUUCGUUACGAGAAGAAAAGUCUAUUUAUUUCUCAAAACGAUUUUCUUCAUAUCUUCUCGUUCAAGAUUUCUCAUCCCUAAGGGAAAAUAAAACAGCCAUUGAUAGAUCAUCCAUCAUCAGCCGCAAACCGACUCAGUCCAAUAAUUAUAAACAAGAAAACCUCCUUCUAAAGUCUCUGAGAUUCUUGCUUUUCUGAUAACAGAAUUCAAGAAUUUUCAUUCCUUUUCAGAUACCCAGAAAAAGCAUGAAGACGUCGUCAAAUUCGCAAUACUCGACAUGCUCUGUUUCCAAACUUUUCCACCCGCAAUUCCAAAUCCUCCAUUUUCUAUCCUACUUUCUCCUGUUAGGCUGCGGAAUAACUCUGGGAAUCGUCCUAAGUUUCUAUAUCAAAGGUUGUAACUUCAGCCUGCAACUCACUCGUCUCGCAGUCUCUGAAAUUCAAUCACCUCCACAAAAGAUUACACCAACACCAAGGCUUGAAAUUUCUGGCGACACUCACGUGGGGUUGAAGAGCUAUUUAAAGCCACCACCUGUGAUGCACGACAUGGAUGAUGAAGAGCUUCUAUGGAGAGCUUCAAUGGCGCCGAAGAUCAAAGAGUAUCCUUUCAAUCGAACUCCUAAGGUGGCGUUCAUGUUCCUGACGAGAGGUCCUGUGUUUCUAGCUCCGUUUUGGGAAGAGUUUUUCAAAGGCCAUGAGAAGUAUUACACAAUUUACGUGCAUUCGAAUCCUUCUUACAAUGGAUCAGACCCUGAAAGUCCAGUGUUCCAUGGUCGCAGAAUUCCCAGUAAGGAAGUGGAAUGGGGAAGCGUGAACAUGAUCGAAGCGGAGCGUCGUUUACUAGCAAACGCGCUGCUCGACGUCUGGAACCAACGUUUCGUUCUGUUAUCGGAAUCCUGCAUCCCACUCUUCAACUUCUCCACCGUCUACUCCUACCUCCUCAACUCCUCCUUCAGCCACGUCAUGUCCUACGACGACCCCUCCCCGGUGGGCCGCGGCCGCUACAGGCCCCGCAUGCUCCCUCUAGUCACCGUCGACAAGUGGCGGAAGGGCUCGCAGUGGUUCGAAAUGGACCGUGAGCUCGCCCUCAGCGUCGUCUCCGACACGACCUACUUCCCGGUGUUCCAGGAAUACUGUAAGCAGUCGUGUUACGCCGACGAACACUACCUGCCGACGUUCGUGAGCAUGGAACACGGGGACAAGAACUCGAACCGGUCGUUGACGUGGGUGGACUGGUCAAAGGGUGGGCCCCAUCCUGCGAGAUUGACGAGGCUCGAUGUCACCAUCGAAUUGCUGAAGACUCUGAGGAACACGACGUGCGAGUAUAAUGGCGUGGAGGAUAGUAAUGUGUGUUACCUGUUUGCGAGGAAGUUCUUGCCUGGCACGUUAAUUAGACUUCUCAGAUUUGGUCCCAAGGUUAUGCAAUUCUAAUGAGGUUUAGAGUUACUACAGCUAACUUUAUAUUUAUUUACAGAAGAAGCUUCGCAAUUGUAUAUCAAACUUAUGUAUAAGGCCAAUGUUUCAUUUUUUAUUCCUGAAAAAACGUAAUCUUUUAUCGUUAUAGUUUCAUCGAAUUGUAA